UAGUCGACUAUAUCUGGCAACACCCCAGUAGCCAGUAUGCGAUGGUUCUAACACCAUUGAUGUGAAGAUGUAACAAUAUAAAUGGCUGUGUGAAUGUCAACCCGUGUCAUGUCUUUGUGAGUGGGGGAGGUGACUUUUCUGGGUUAUCUUGGAGAUAGGGUACAGCCUAGGUAAAUAUUUACUGAGGUAGUUAGGCACAAACCCUCACCAAGGUGCAGGUUGUUCACUCACAGGUGGUGGGCGGACAGCAAAGUGGCCAUGGACACAGGGAUAUACGAUGGCGUGCUGGUGACCGGGUCCAACCGGGGAAUUGGACUCGAGCUCGUGCGACAGCUGGCUGAAUCGGCGACCCCUCCAUCCCAGAUCUUUGCCGGUUGCCGUGACCCUGGAGGACCCAGGGCAAAGGCCUUGAAAGACCUCUUGCAGAAACACUUGAAACUGAUCACCAUCAUCCCCUUGGACACUUCGGACCCAGCCAGCAUUAAAGAGGCCUCCGGGGUCGUGGGGUGCCAACUAGGGGAUGGUAGCCUGAGUCUGCUGACCAACAAUGCUGGCGUGAACAUUCAGAGCAAUCUGCAGGACACAGACAUGAAGUAAAUGGUAGAUGUGGAUGUCACCAAUGUGGUGGGACCCAUGCUUGUUGCCAAGGAGUUCCUACCAUACAUGCGGAGAGCUUCUGCCCUGCCUGGAUCCCAUAGCAUGCCUGCCAUCAUCAACGUCUCCUCCGUGCUGUCCUCCAUAGAGAAGUGCUCUGAAACCUUCGCCGAGGCUACCAUGUAUCCCUACCGCACCAGCAACGCUCCGCUGGCGUUCGCAGACAGCGCUAGUGGGAUGCUGCGAGUCAUUUCCUCCCUCACAAGCACAGACAGCGGCACUCUGCUGGACUGGGAGGGGAACGGGAUCCCCUGGUGAUGUUCCAGCUGAGCAACUGCCAGAUCUUUAUGUAGCAAUUUGUGUGACCACUUUGUACUUUGUCUGGUAAAUAAAAUAAAAUGAAGCAUUUUGUCCACUCAAA